AUGUUCAACGCCGUCGUUAGACACUCGACUCAGCACAUCAUGUCUGCUGCGUGCAAGCAACUUCGUCCGCGGAAGUUCGCAUCCCUCGAUCCCGCGCAAAUCUCCAAUGCCCCUCCUUUGAAGGGCAUUGUGUUUGAUGUCGAUGGAACUCUGUGCCUACCACAGCACCACAUGUUCAGAGAAAUGAGAGAAGCCCUAGGAAUCGACCGCUCCAUCGAUAUCCUCGAGCACAUCCGCCAGCUCCCAGCAAGCGAGCGCCCCGCGGCCGUAUCCAAAGUACAAGCCGUAGAGCGACGAGCCAUGAUAGACCAGCAACCCCAGCCAGGUCUUCUCCAACUAAUGGAAUACCUCAAAACUCGUGGCCUCCAGCGGGCUCUCUGCACACGAAACUUCGAAGCACCGGUCCAGAACCUGCUUGACAAUCAUCUCAAUGGCCAUGUCUUCCUGCCAAUCAUCACUCGGGAUACCCCCAAUCUCCUGCCCAAGCCUGAUCCCGCCGGUAUUCUGCAUAUCGCGAGUGAAUGGGGGCUGCCGAAUGCCGAGAAUCUGAUCAUGGUGGGUGAUAGUAUUGAUGAUAUGACCGCUGGCCAUAUGGCGGGUGCGGCAACGGUGUUGCUGGUGAAUGAGAAAAAUGUGCAUCUGAAGGAACACCCGCAUACGGAUCUUUGUGUUACCCGGCUGGAUGAUUUGAUCGUCAUUCUUGAGAAUGGAUUUGUUGGGGAAAGAGGGAAUGAUGAGACUGUCGAGUGA